AGAUAGAACAGCCUUCGCAAGAAUUCGGAGCGUCUUUAAGCCGAACCUUUUUUGUCGAGAGGAAAGGCCGGGCAGGGAACCACCGGGUGUGACGUCACAGCGAACUGAUAAAAACAGCGGACGUCUCUCGCACCGCAGACAGUUUACGCUAACCGUCGUUCAGUGCACUUCCGACUCCCGGACAGCGACGAGGAACAUAUUUAAAUCAAUUUGCGAAAGAAAGAACAGAAAGUGACAGACAAUAACAAAAGAAAAUUAGCCUACCAGUCGGUGUUCCUAAACUCGCCGUGAUGAAGAGAUGCGUCGAAACCGCAGUGAUUUUGGUGAUGUCUGCCGUGCUCACCGCCACGGCCCUGAUGAUGAUGCAGCCCUAUGGUCUGGCGGGGGUGGCCCUAGCCUUCACCAUCGCCGGGGUGUACAUCGCUCUUAUGGUGUUGAUUGUGACCGUUAAGUGCUGCUCGUGGGACUCCAACGCCCAGCCAGACGUCGAGCGGCAGGCGAGCCCAACCAACGAUGCCCCGCCCCCAUACGACCAGGUAGUCACGAAGCCGCCAUCCUACAGGACCCUCUUCUUCCCAAGUCCGCCUCGCCUCCUGGCCGCCCUUGCCACGAAUCCGGGACUCAUGACGCCGCCGGGAGACACGAAGACGGCAGCAGGACUCGCAGCCAGUUUCGGUGCCCCGCUCUCCGCUCCUGGGGCACUCCCUUCCAGUCAUCCUGUGGGGGAUUUAACAUCAGGGGUUGUCUCUGCGACCCAGGAUGAAGUAGCAGCUCCAGGGGAUACCACGACAGAGCGGAGAACCGGAGAGGAAGGAGCGCCGGCCCCAGAGGGAGAGCCGGGGUCGUCCAGCCCCCCGAGCAGACCAAGGACGCCUCGACGUGUUCGCUUCGAGUUGGCCGACUCCGAGUCUGACGGCGGGCAAGAGAACCCCGAGCCUUUGCCUGACGAGUCCAUAGCAGAGGCUGACUCCUCCAAGUCUUGACUGAAGAACUAAUUGAGCCAAGAAAUCAUACAAGGCUACGGGCAUAAAGGAUGUUGAGGCCCUUCUUCAGUCGGCCAUGCCAAUGCUAAUUGUAACUCCAUGAUGAGACAUACUCUGUGUUACGCUGGUGACAUCAGUGUGACUUCAUGGAGUGUUAUUUUCCUUCUCGAAAAGUGCACACGUUUUACAAAUAUAUUUUUCCCCAAGUGUGACAACUUGGGAGAAACGCAACGUGUGUCAGAUAUGUGAUAUAUAAACCCGAGGAAUCACAGUGUCUUGCAAUUGUGUUUUGCGAUGGCAGGGAAGUUAAGGGUACAAGGUCUCGCUACAUUAUUCUUAGCUACCGCGAUGUACCCGUGAUGUGUACCUGCAUUCCAAUCACUGCAGUAAGCUAGUAAAUAUUGUUUACAAAUA